AUGCGCGCCGCCACCACCUUCGCGCUGCUUGCGCAGGCCCUCGCUGUCCAGAGCAUCCGCAUCGUCCAGUCCAACGAUGACGGCUGGGCUGAGCUGUACGCUCGCUCCUUCAACCAGGCCCUGAAGUCCUCCGGCCACAAUGUUCUCCUCUCCGCCCCGGCCGAGAACAAGUCCGGCUCCGGCUCAAGCGACGCCGAGCCCGACCCGCGCACCGCCGCCUGCCAGUACGACAGCUGCCCCGCCAACAGCGGCCCCGUCGGCGUCAACGAGACGCAGACCGACCUGCGCUGGGUCAACUCCUUCCCCGUGACCUCGAUGCGCUACGGCAUUGACCAGUUCGCCGGCGAGGUCUUCAACGGCGCGGCCCCCGAGCUCGCCGUCUCGGGUCCCAACGUCGGCUCCAACCUGUGGCUGUCCGUGCUCGUCUCCGGCACCGUCGGCACCGCCGUGUUCGCCUCCAACGAGCGCAACAUCCCCGCCAUCGCCUUCUCCGGCGCCUCCACCGGCACCCUCGCCUGGAACACCUCCCCCGUGCCGGCCCGCAGCGCCGUCUACGGCGAGCUCGCGAAGCGCCUCGUCGACAAGAUCGUCAGCGGCGGCGCGCCGUACCUCCCCGAGAAGGUCUGGCUGAAUGUCAACUUCCCCGCUGUUACCGAUACUUCGUGCAACAACGCGGACGACUUCAAGUGGGUGCUGAGCCGCAUCAACCCCGUUACUCUGAACCCGGAUGUCGGUACCUGUGGUAGCAGUGAUAGGUUGCCGUGGGAGAACACGGUUGUGGGCACCGCAGGAUGCUACAUCUCCAUCAGUGUUGGUGACUCGGACAAGUCUACUGCGCCUAAGGAGAAGCAGCAGCCUGUUCUGGACAGACUUGGAAGCUUCCUGUCAUGCCUGCCGUAG